AGCCGAGAUCUGUUUCCGGAAACAUGGAGGCGGUUGUGAGCGAUGUGGUAGCUCCAGAAGACCUUAAGAAAUUUGAGAAGAAGUACAACAAUGAGCUGUUGAAGGGAGCCGUCUCCAAAGACACGAAGUUUGAGUAUGCUUGGUGUCUGAUCCGGAGUAAAUACACAGCGGAUAUCAAGAAGGGGAUUGUGCUCUUGGAAGAACUUGUUCAGACGGUAUCAAAAGAUGACUCCCGGGACUUCUUGUUCUACCUUGCAGUGGCCAACUACAGACUCAAAGAAUAUGAGAAAGCCCUGAAGUACAUUCGGACCCUCCUGAAGAACGAACCGGGGAACAAGCAGGCUCAGGAGCUGGAGAAACUCAUUGUCAAGGCUUUGAAGAAAGAUGGCUUGGUGGGCAUGGCGAUCGUCGGGGGAAUCGGUCUGGGCGUGGCCGGUUUGGCGGGCCUCAUCGGCUUGGCUGUGUCAAAGGGAGCGGCUAAAUCCUAACCUGGACAUGGGACGACCUGUCUUUACUUUGCUGGGCUCACAGAGUGACUCCUCACCUGCAUAAAUAACAAUAAAGUGUGUGGAGAGAGCUUGA